AUGUCCUCGACAACCCAGCAACGUGCCGACGCCGAAAAGCUCAUAAACCGCAAUCCGCAUCGUGACUUCAAAGCCGUCGAAGCAUCUCGUUCGCCAUGGGACGCGUCCCGAUCCUGGAACGUCACACAAACCAUUUCUCCCUCCUGGAAACUCGGUUCCGGCGCCAACGACAACGGCGAAUCUCUCAAGAUCCCGCAUAUCGAAAUCGAUCCCUACGAAGAAGGUCGCCCCGCAGUCUACAACUACAAGUUGAUGAUUUCAUCCAUCAUUCCACGGCCCAUCGGAUUCGUCAGUACUCGCAGCGCGGACGGGAAAUCGACAAAUCUAGCCCCGUUCAGUUACUUCAACAUGAUUAAUCACGAUCCCCCACUUUUCACACUGGGAUAUUCAGGAGGAUUAGAUAAUGCGAAAGAUUCGUUGAAGAAUCUCAAGGAGACGGGUGAGUGCACCAUCAAUAUCAUCUCUGAACACUUCAUCGAAGCGGCAAACUCGACUUCGAUUAAUGCACCGUAUGGCGAAUCGGAAUGGGCGUUUAGUGGACUUACACCCGCUCCUUGUACAACUGUCAAGACGAGUAGAGUACUAGAAUCACAUUUCAGUGUCGAGGGAAAACUAGAGAGUUUGAAGGAAUUCGAGAGUAAAGCGACGCCAGGCAAGAAAACGGGAGUUUUGGCAAUUAUUGAGGGGACCAGAUUUUGGGUCAGGGAAAAUGCUAUUAACGAAGAGAAGAAUAUUGUUGAUCCCGCAGUCCUGAAACCAAUCUCGAGAUUGGGAGGGAUUACUUAUGGGAGGACUGUAGACGGAACAGAAAUUCCGAGACCAGAUUACGAUACUGCUGUUGGAAAGGAUGAGGAAGCGAAGAAAUUGGUGAAGCCUAAGCUCGAAGACCAAUGA